GUUCUGGGUGCAGCGACGAAGUGCGGACGUGAAGAAGGCGCGUCGUGGGAUGAACUGGCACUUUGACAAGGAUGAAGAUCUGCUGGACGAUGUUGGCCUCUGUGUGCAUCCCUGUGUUGCGACGGCUACGUACCUCACUGACAGAGGUGCGCCUCUGGUGGUCCUGUCAGCGCCAAAGCUGCCCCGCGGGCAGGAUGGCGCACCCGAUGCAGACGCUCAACCCGCAAGUCCCCCGCAUAAUGCGGCAGCCUACGUGGCAUUCCCUGCUCGGGGGCUACACGUUGCCUUCGGAGGUGACCUGCUGCACGGCGUGCCUGCAGAGUUGGAAUGCAAAGGGGGCGAGCGAUUGGCCCUCUUGGUCAACGUUUGGCUACACCACCGGCCGGCUGGCCUUCAAAGCUGCGGCAAAGUCUGCAGCCGUGCCUGGAGAGGCUCGACGAAGCCUGGCUCAGCGUUGCGAGUCGGCCUCUUCCGGAGACGCUUUCGAGAAGAUGGGGCCGUCGCUAUCGAGCCUGGCCUGGCAGACUGGCAAAUCAACGGGGUGCAGAUUCCACGAGACUUGCAGCAGGGCGUGUGGCGGGUUCAGCAAAGACAUCUGAAAGUUGUUCCGCGCAAGAGAAAGAAUUGCAAAUGA